GCGCGGGCGCCGCCGGAAGCGGGCGGGGCGCGGGCGGGAUGCGGUGAGGAGCGAGCGGCGCGGCGGCGGCGGCGAUGAGUGCUUCGGCGGCCACCGGGGUCUUCGUGCUGUCCCUCUCGGCCAUCCCGGUCACCUACGUCUUCAACCACCUGGCGGCCCAGCGCGACUCCUGGACAAUUGUAGGGGUGGCUGCCUUCAUCCUGCUGCUGGUGGCCUUGCUGGCCCGGGUCCUUGUCAAAAGAAAACCGCCCCGGGACCCGCUGUUCUAUGUGUAUGCGGUUUUCGGAUUUACGAGCGUGGUGAACCUCAUCAUCGGGCUGGAGCAAGAUGGGAUCAUCGACGGCUUCAUGACCUACUACCUGAGAGAGGGUGAACCCUACCUGAACACCGCCUACGGCCACAUGAUCUGCUACUGGGACGGCUCGGCGCAUUACCUGAUGUAUCUCGUGAUGGUGGCAGCCAUAGCCUGGGAGGAAAGUUACAGAACCGUCGGCCUCUACUGGGUUGGAUCCAUUAUAAUGAGCAUUGUUGUCUUCGUGCCCGGGAACAUUGUAGGGAAGUAUGGAACACGAAUUUGCCCAGCUUUCUUCUUAAGUAUACCAUACGCGUGUCUUCCUGUCUGGGCUGGUUUCAGAAUUUAUAAUCAGCCGGCAGAAACUUGUAAUUAUCCCUCAAAGGUUGUGCAGGAAGCUCAAGCCAAGGACCUGCUGAGGCGCCCGUUUGAUUUCGUGCUGGUCCUGUGGCUCCUGCUGGCGACCGGGUUCUGCCUGUUCCGAGGCCUGAUUGCAUUGGAUUGCCCCGCGGAGCUCUGCCGACUCUACGCCCAGUUCCAAGAGCCCUACAUCAAGGAUCCUGCUGCUUACCCUAAGAUUCAGAUGCUGGCGUCCAUGUUCUACUCCGUCCCCUACUUCGUGAUCGCGCUGUACGGCUUGGUGGUCCCUGGGUGCUGCUGGAUGCCGGACAUCACGCUGAUACACGCGGGAGGCGUCGCUCAGCCCCGUGCCUGGCCGGGAGGAGCUGUUCCGCGAAAUCUUACUGCAUGGAACUGAAGUGAAACUGUCCAUGGAAUUAGCGCACAAAGCGCAAAGGUAGCACUCAGCAAACAAACCGAUCUUCUGAACAAAGAGAUUAAAGUAAUUGUAUCCCCUUAACAGAAAUUUAAAAAUAACUUUAAAUUUCAUUUUUAUAAUUAUAUACUCGUGCUAUAUAAAUAGACAAGUUAGAAUUUACAGGGUUGAAAAACACAGUAUUUGUGGGGGCAUAUUUGGGUUAAAUCCUUCCAAUCUGAAGCCCUUUGUUACAAAGUUAGAAUAUUGGCAUCAGAGAAGCGGAUGCAGCAAGGGAAGUGAGCAUUCCUGCUCUGAGCACCCAGACCUGGGAAUUCAGGCCUCCGUCUGGGGGUCUUUGCUUUUGUCUUUUCCAACAGCAGCCGCGAGGGAGCGGCUUCCAGUUUCGUUUUUAGCCACUACUGCUCCCAGGCUCGCAUAUUUGGUUUCACACUUGGCUGUCUCACAGGCACCUCAGAUUUUAUGUCUAGAGCAGGACUCCUGUUGAUUCUAUGUAUAAAUUAUCCACCCAAAAAACCUCGGGAGUAAUUUACACCUGCCAUGCGCUCCCCUCCCUGUCGAGCCCCUCUCUAGGUCUGGCUAGUUGUCUCCAGAGUGAUUCGCAGAUCCAUCCAUUCUCUCCCAGCUCCGCUGCACUGGCCUGAGUUCUCAGGAGCUCACGCACCCCGAGGCUGCCCAGACUCCAGCUCUUGUUCGUUUCAAGAUCACGCGGGGCAUUUUCAAGGGGCAGGCCUGGUCAAGGUCAUGUGCCGCAGGAGACACAGCCUGACGCACUCAUGGUAUUACCUUCGCAUCUUUAUUUUAUUUUUAAUUUUUAAUUCCCUGUUGCAAGAUGAGGAAACCGGGCCCAGGACGGCUUUGGUUCACUUGCCUCAGGUUGCAGGCUCGAAGAUGGCAGAGUAGAGACAGGGAAUGCUGGCAGAGUGCACGCCCACCUCUGCCCUGCAUCCCUGAGCUCUGAGCCCGAAGAUGGCAGAGUAGAGACAGGGAAUGCUGGCAGAGUGCACGCCCACCUCUGCCCUGCAUCCCUGAGCUCUGAGCCGUUAGCUAAGGCCCAAAGGUAGAUGCUGGAUGUGGCACAGGGCAGUUGAGAGCCUCCAGGGACCGGGGGGGGGGGGGGCAGGGGCACCUAAGCUGAUCUCUGAGGCUUUAUAGGGCCAAGUCUCCCCAGGAAACACCAGGAGGAGGCAUUUAGGGGUGGGAGGGAGCAGAGUAAGCCUUGGCUUUGGUUUUCUUGGUCCCCAGAUCUGUUCUCCUGUAUCCUCCACUACAGGGGGCCUCACAUCCAUCUCCCUCUGGCUGGCUUUUAUUGGUUUUUACUAUGCAUUUUUAUUUAUCCAAGACAGAGACACAGAGAUCUGCGUGCUGGUUCACUCCCCAAAUGCCCUACCAAUAGCCAGUGUUGGGCUAGGCUGAAGCCAGGGUCAGGAACUCAAUGUGGAGUUUCCCACGUGGGUGGCAAUGACCCAGCUGCUUGAGCCAUCACCUGCUCCCUCCCAGGGUGCACAGCGCAGGAAGCUGGAAUUGGGAGCAAAGCCAGGAUGGCAGCCCAGGGCCCAGAGCCCAGCACCAGCCCCACGCCAGGCCUUUCCUCUGCAUGCGGUGCGCCCCGGCCUGCCCUGCACUGGCCCCGGGUGCAGCAGCAGCGUUGUCAGCUAGGAGGCUAGCAGAGACGUGGCACCUGGGGCUCCUGCUGGGUGGUGCUGCGAAGGGCAGUGUGGCCCACAGAGCUGCAGCCUCAGGCAGAUCUCAGGGCCUGCGGCCACUCCUGGGCUUUGUCCCAAGCUCCUCUCUUGCCAGUGGGUGUCCAGGCCCAGAGCCCGUGACUGUCAGAUGGCUCUCCCAGCCCCCCGGAAACAGCGGCCUAACUCAAGAGUGAGGUGUCGUGCCCGUGGUCCUUGGCCGGGCUCUAACUGAUCAAUUUAUUGGUACUAAUUAGCCUAAGGAAAAAGCAGAGAGGCAUGUGAUCAGAAUCCUGAAUUCCUGAUCCCAGCAACUUCAUCAAAACCUGCUGUUUUGGAAAGACAGCACUCCCGAGACCCAUGCAAUUUAAUAAGAAAAAAAAAUCCUUGAAAAACUUUUAGGUCAGUGGAAGACACAUCGGAUAGUUACUGCAUCCUGGAAUUCAGAUGUAGGAGUUCGUUGGUACUGAAGGCAGGAUUUCUGCCUUCAGAAAUCCAAAGAGCAAUCAAAAUGCAAAAAGAAAUAGAAUAAAGCCAGGACUCAAUUUUAGACUUCCACUGGAGACUUACUCAUAACAACUAUCUUUUUAUAAAUAUUUAUUUAUAAUUUAUUCCAAAGGCAGAGUUACACACACACAGAGGGAGAGAGAGAGAACCAGCCACUGAGUCACUCCACAAAUGGCCACAACGGCAGGAGCUGGGCUGGUCUGAAGCCAGGAGCUUCUUCCAGGUCUCCCACGUGGAUGCAGGGGCCCAAACAUUGGGCCGUCUUCUGCUGCUUUCCCAGGUGCAUUAGCAGGGAGCUGGAUCAGCAGUGGAGCAGCUGAGACAUGACCCAGCACCCAUAUGGGGUGCCGGUGUCACAGGUGGCGGCUUUAUCCGCUGCGCCACAGUGCCAGCCCCACCAACUACCUUUUCCUAGCAAAUCCUUACUGCAGCACUAAGGUGGCAAGUCUGACCUGGAAAGUCCAGUCCACUUGCUGGCAUUGUAUGGUUGGCCCUCUGUAGUGGAGGCUCAGCCACCUUUGAAUGGAAAAUGUAGUUAGGCUAACCGUGGUUUUGCUGCACUGAAUAGGCACAGACUUGUUUGGUCCACUCCCUACACAACACAGUCUAAAAACAUUCACAUAGCACUUAACGUUGUCCUGGGCAUCCUACGUAAAUCAGAGACGGCUUGAAGUAGACAGGUUAUAUGCAAACACCAUGCCACUUUAUAGAAGGGACUGGAACACCCAUGGAUCUGGGUGUCUGCUGUGGUACAGGGGGCCAGCAGCACAUUCUGUGAUGCAAUAGCCCUGGAAAUCGAAUCAGAGGCAACGUGCUCCAUAUGGCUGGGAGCCUGCGCUCUGGAGGCAGACGGCUUCCAACCCCAGCUGUACUCCCGGGCCCGGUGGCGCCGGCUUCUUCGCCCUAACCCUUUCCUCUCCUGGUGAGUGACGGCAGGAAGAGCCGCCCCCUAGCAGAGUUGCUGAGGAUUAAAUGGAAGAGUGCUUGGCACACACCAGCUAUCUCGCUCUUCAUCACUGCUGGGAAACCCCUGGUCGCAAGGUUGCAGGAGAAAUGCCUCACGUUGCCUAGGUGAUGGGUUAGCCUGUAGACAGUGGAACCGACUCCUCAGUGUGUAUUGCACAUAAUUAUUACCUGAAACGUCAGCCUCAGGACUUACAGUGCACUCCCUCCUGCCCCUCAGCCGCCCCCACCAGCUCGCUCCUGACUGGGAGGCACUUGCCAUUUUUGUGUUACUGUUACUACUGAACAUCUUAGCCUUCACAGUAGCCUUUGGGGUCUACCAUCUACAUACUUACUGGCCCUCGCUGGAGACUCUUGACAGCCAUAAGGUCAACGAAGGGAGUUAGAAACAGCCCAGGUGUCCAGCAAAGGAGAGCAGGGAUCCCGGCUGAGCUAUGUAUGUGUCUGUCCUGAGCGGUCCCCGGCUGGGGGUGGGGUCCACCGUGACCGGCUGUCCCAGAUGAGGCCGCCAGAGGCGCCAUGCCUUGCCCGAGGCCCCGCUGCAGGUUUCUGGUGGAGCUGGGAUUUGACUGUAGGUGCCCUGCACCUCUACUAUGCUGCUCAGAAAGCUCUUGAGACAGGUAACAGGGUUCUGACCCUACAGCCUGGCGACUGUUCCGUGUUCACGCUGGCUGUUGCUUGUUACUGUUCGGUGUUCACACUGGCUGUUGCUUGUCAGGGUUCGCGGCGACACAUUAACACUCUUGCAGCAUCUACAGCAUUGUGAUUUUCAGUCACCCUGUCCAGGCUGCCUCCAUAAAUAUAGGACAGUGCUACUAAAAGUGAACCUUUGGGUGCCUUUAGCGGGUCAUUUUCUAAUCAUCCAUUAUGGUAAGAAAUCAGAGUAUAUCUCAAUGACUUCUGUAAACAGUGAUCUUGAACGACAUAGAAAAAAAUGACUGUUAGGACUCAAGCUCAUGUUCCUGAGUUGUGGAGAAAUUUCUGGGCCCGGAAACCUUAGGAGGCCCCACAAGCAGGGAAACCACUCCCACGCCUGCCCCCAGCCGCUGCCUUGGGAAGGGAGGGGUCCUCAGGUGAGACUGCGUUUUGUUUGGAACUUUGCAGCCAUGAAAACAUAACAGGAUUCCACCCGGGGGAGCAAACCGUGUGGCUGGGUGCCCCCCUAAAUGCGCCAGAACUCGGCGCAGUCGCAGGAGAGCUUCCUAAUUCAGAGCACAGAAAGAGGCUCUGGGGAUCUCUUGGACUCCGACAGCCACAAGACCACUGUUGCUGAAUGUUUAUUGGGCUUGAACAAUGCGACACAUCAGACACAGGACCUGCCCCGUGGGCUUACAGUCUAAGGACACAAAUGAGGCUUUAGUGCUGCUGUCUGUGAGAAUGAGGUAUUCACUGCCCUGGCGGUGCAGGAAACGGGCCUCCAGGACCCCACUUCCCUAUCAGGCGGGCACGACUGCUCGUGUUCUUUGAAAGCUGGUUGGCCUUCCCCAGUUGUGCCGAUCUUGUGAUGUGAGCAAGUGUUUAUAAAGGUAGAGCCACCAGGAACCCCUGCCUCUGAGACCGGCUAUAUAUUCAGAAAAACGCGGCCAUUCAAAAUAGGCUUUAGGGAAACACAGUGGCCGGAGCCAGGCUCCGCUGCAGCUUUCCUGGAAUGUCCACAUGGUGGCGCCUCAGGCAGCCCCACCCGUGCCCUUGCUUUCUCAUGGUCGCCUGUCCUUGUAGCCCGCGGGUGCAGAUACACUUGCUGGUUCUGUCUGGGCCUCUGCCUGCGGGAGGUGUGCCAGACGACUUAUGUGCUGGUCUUUGGCCACACAUCACGGGAACUCCUAGCUCGAGAGAGAAGCGCGGCUGUACCCAGGCGCCGUGAACAUGUCGGUGAUUUGUACAACUGCAGUCUAUUAUGGUGUCUGCCACGGAUACAAACUCAUGAAGAGGGCGCCUGGAAAAGCCUGCCCCGUUCCUGUCGUGGCAGAGUCAACAGGCUGUUAUCUUAGCCGACUACACUGACUUCCUAUGGAAGGAAACCCAAGUUCUGUGUUGAAGGCCAAUCAUUUAGCUCUCUUCUUGUCACUUGGGCGACUUCAGAUUACAGUAUCUUCUGUCUCUUCACCGCGACCCCGCUCAACUAAUAAUUUACUGCUUGUUAUAUUUAGAUUCCCCAUCUCUUACGCACAUACAUUUUGAAUUUUGGCAAGAUAUAAAAUGCAGACUCCAAGGUGGGGUGUGUGUGUGUGUGUGUGACAAGAAAAGCCUCCUAAGGACAUCCUCUCAUAGGAGUUUUUAAUCUUGCUGCUAGCAUUACCCUUUCCAAAAUCUUCCUCUGUGCUUAAGUAUAAAAAAAAAAAAAAAAAAACCUGGCACAUCCUGAAUGUGUGUUCUGAACGAGGACGCGAGUACCCUGGGAAGCCCCUGACUUCCCGUUUGGCAAGCUCACACCUCGGAACACAUCCCUCUCUGCACGGUGGCCUGCACGAGCUUCUGCCAUCUUAUACACGGCAACCGUGCCCCUGCCCCACCGAAGCUGUUAGCAGCCUCAUCUUAGAAAAUCACCCUUAGUAUUUCUUCAGUUGUGUAAAAACCAACCACAUGAAGAAACAAACAGAAACUACAUCGGAAGGGGUCUAGAGCCCUUGCUCCAAGGUGCGGUUCAGACUGACAGAUGAGGUGCAGGUGCUUAGUUUAUUAUGCUAAAAGCUUUUAGAGAUCUGUACUUUGUUUUUAUUGGCACACGGUCUGGGAACCACAGCCGAGUCUGUCAUGUAGGACCUCCAGAAUGCACAGCAGAGUUUAGACUUUUCUGCUGGGUCACUGGUGUUUGGAAUGGGGCACUGCCUGGGCUGAGGAACACGUGACAUGAGGAACCUCGCUGAGGAAGGUAUACUUUAUCUGACAGCUGUAUCAGGAAUCGCCUGCAAUUUCAUGAAAGACUACAUUUAACGGAAGACUACCAUAUUCACAACUAGAUGUGCUGAAGGUGUCGGGCCUGUGGGUGAGCCUGGUUUGCAGGGCACAGGAAAGCAGUCUAACCGAACCCUUCAGAACCCAUCACGCAUCCAACCCAACACGGAUUCAUGCUUACUCAUCUUUUUGUUUUUGUUUUAAUG